GGCAACCAAACAGGCUCGUAGUCUUUUACCCUAGCACUAAGGCGCACAGCCUGAUAGCCGCCGCCGUUUCUCGUCUUCCUCGCAGCGCCGGCGCUCCAUCUUCUGCCCCCUUCCCCACUCGUGAUCGGCAUGAAGGCGACGCUCCAUCUUCUGCUCCGUCCCCCACUCGCGCUCGGCAUGAAGGCAACGGAGGCGGCGCUCAGGCUCGUGCUCUCAGCGACGGCGGGGCAGUCCCAGGCUCGGCGGCAGUGUCAGCGGCUCCUCCCGCCUCUCGCCAGUCGCCUCGCGCCCUCGCCUCCGUGCUCCGCACACCGGCCGGCGACCCUGCUUUCGUCUUUGAAAAAUUCAAGGUGGUACGUGACUAGGUCAAACACUUCAGCUCCGUUGACUACUCGUUAUGAGUGGCGCAAAGUGUUUCCUUGUUCCGUAAGGCCAUGUGCAUCUUACUCUACACAAGCAGACCAGAAGGCAAAACAGGAAGGGAAAGACUUGUCAACUGUAGAACAUCCCUUUGAUGAUAUUACCUACAAUAUACCUGAGAAGCCAGUGACAUUUACUGAAGGUGCUUCUUAUAGUCUUGUAAUACUUGCUGGACUCGGAAUUGCAGGGGUGGCUGGAUAUGCUGUGUUCAAAGAGCUUAUAUUUGAGCCAAAAGAGUACAAGAUAUUUGGGAAAGCUCUAGCAAGAAUUCAGAGUGAUAGCCAGGUCACCUCAAGGAUUGGCCACCCUAUUACUGGAUAUGGCCAGGAAACUAGAAACCGUGCAGCUCGGCAGAGAAUUCCAAAUAAGAUUUGGACAGAUGAAGAUGGUGUUGAACAUGUGGAGGUGAACUUUCUCAUCCGUGGGCCACAUGGAGCUGGAAAAGUGUAUUCAGAGAUGUUCAAAGAUAAUUCUGAUCGGACAUGGAAGUUCACAUACCUUGUUGUUGAUAUAGUGUCACCACCACAUGCAAAAACACAGCUGAUGUUAGAAUCUUACUUACCAGCAUAAGGAUGCAAGAAACAGAAGCAGUUAGCAGUGCCAUAGCAUCUCCAAGAUUUUGCACAAAUGGAAGAUCCGACCGAAGUUGCUAAACUGUGGAUAAACUAAGUCUAUGCAAGAUUGGGAAAUUUAGGAAUAAGAUUUUCAUAAUGUACUGCCAUCAAACCAGUUUUGUGGAGUCAUAAACGGUUCUUACAUUGCUAGAACGCAAAGUGGUUUCAGUCAGUUCAUGUCUGGAAAUGUUUCAAUGUUUGGGGAAAGCCCUGCAUGCCUGGAUGAGGGUAUUUUUUUAUUAGUUCUCAUGAGUCUUGUAUCAUCCAAAUACGUGGCCUAAUCCAGUAAGUCGGCUUUGUAAAAUCGUAGCAACUCUUAUUGUAACUAGAUUUGAUUUCGAAUCAAUUCAUUUUGAUUUGAAAUGUGUCUUAGGGGGCUACGCAAUGGAUAUAAUCUUGUCUGUAAGGAACAUCUCUCUUUCUGGAGAACUGUUUCUUUAACUGUCCGGCUAUCGGCCUCUAAUGUGCUGUUGUAACUUUACUGGAAUCCAGGGCGAUUCUCCGUCCUAAAUUUCUUAAUUUAUAUAGAUCGUUUUGAUGUUUCUGGAA